CCACCGGGAUCUCAUUCCCCCUCAAGCCCUGGGUCCUUUUCCGGUGUCGGAGCAGCUGUGGUCCCUACGUGGUGAGUAGGACCUAUUCAUAGUUAAAAAAUCAGCGGAGGCAUCCACAGUUUCUGACCAGAGCGGGACGGGGAUCCUUGGAGGGGGUGAGAGGCUCUCCAGGCGAGGACAGUCUGGGAACUGACAGGGCGUGUGGAGCCCCGAGUCUCAGGCUUGUGUCUGCGCUCCGCGGAUCCUCCACCCCGUCCCCUCACAGCCCCUUGGGGCCUGUCGCGGAUAAAAGAGGGAAGUCAGAUGCUGAGCCUUAGAAUGGAAGAACGGAGAAGCAUAGCAAGAUGACACAGACUUGAUCUUGAGAUAUGUUGAAGCUGCAUUCGGCCCCAAGGCAGGCUUCUGGGAAGACCUGAUGAGGUCCCAGGAGUAGGAUUCCCUCCUGGAAGGUUCCCCCUUGGAAGCUUCUAAAGGUUUCAUAACCACAGAAUUUCCAGAACUUUGGCCCCAAGAACCUACUGUGAAUUAGGGACCGAUUUCUCCCUGGACAUCAGUGACCCUGGCCUCCACAUACUGGGAAGGACAACACUAUUCCAGUAUCCUCUCUACUCCUCUUCUGGUUGAGAGGGUGGUCAUGGAUGAUGUUUUCUAAGUUACUGUGCUAUCCAAGAAAAUCCUGAUGUUUCAUGAUUGCCUUCUCUUUUCCCAGUGCUGCCUGUGUCUUAAAAAAAAAAAAAAUAAUGGAUACAGAGAGAAAAAAGAAUUUUUGUUACACAUCUAAAAGAUAAAGUUCAGCUCUAGCUUCUCUGCAAUUAGAUUCUCUAAUAGAGGAAACCUGAGGAAGAUCAGCAGUUUGAAAACCAUGGCGCAGAUGCCAUUGACAUUCAGUGAUAUUGCCAUAGACUUCUCUCAGGAGGAGUGGGAAUGCCUAAAUUCUGAUCAGAGGGAUUUGUACAGAGAUGUGAUGUUGGAGAAUUAUACUAACUUGGUCUCACUGGACUUUGAUUUUACAACUGAGACCAACAAGUUAUCUUCAGAAAAAAGCAGUUAUCAAGUAAAUUCAUAUCAUCGGGAGACAAUGAAAAGAAAUAAAACCUUCAACCUUAUGAGGUUUACUUUGAGAAAUGACCCACAGUGCAGAAUUGAAUUUGGGAGAGAACAGGGGCCUAACAUGGAAGGUUUUAGUCAAAUGACAUUUAUAAAACAUAUAUCUCUUCCUCUACACCAGAGAAUUCACACUAAAGAGAAAUCCUAUGAAUGUAAGGAAUGUAGGAGGGACUUUAGAAAAUAUUCACACCUUACUGAACAUUUCAGAGACCAUAAUGGUGUGAGACCCUAUGAAUGUAAGGAAUGUGGAAAAGCCUUUAUAGUUCUCCAGCAUUUUGUUAGACAUAAAAAAAUUCACACUGAUUUGAAACCUUAUGAAUGUAAUGGAUGUGAGAAAGCCUUUAGGUUUUAUUCACAGCUUAUUCAACAUCAGAUCAUUCAUACUGGUAUAAAACCCUAUGAAUGUAAGCAAUGUGGGAAGUCUUUUAGACGUUAUUCUCACCUUACUGAACAUCAGAAAAUACAUAUUGGUUUGAAACCCUAUGAAUGUAAGGAAUGUGGAGAAACUUUUAGAUUGUACCGACAUAUGUGCCUACAUCAGAAAAUUCAUCAUGGUGUGAAACCCUAUAUAUGCAAGGAAUGUGGGAAGGCCUUUGGUCAUCGUUCAAGUCUUUAUCAACAUAAGAAAAUCCAUUCUGGUGAGAAACCAUAUAAAUGUAAACAAUGUGGAAAGGCCUUUGUUCGCAGCUAUCUACUUAUUGAACAUCAGAGAAGUCAUACUGGUGAGAAGCCUCAUGAAUGUAAGGAAUGUGGGAAGGCCUUUAGUAGGGGCUCAAGCCUUCUUAAACAUAAGAGAAUUCAUAGCAGUGAGAAACUCUAUGACUGUAAGGACUGUGGGAAGGCCUUCUGUAGAGGCUCUCAACUUACGCAACAUCAAAGAAUUCAUACUGGUGAGAAGCCACAUGAAUGCAAAGAAUGUGGGAAGACAUUUAAGCUUCAUUCAUACCUUAUUCAACAUCAGAUCAUUCAUACUGAUUUAAAACCAUAUGAAUGUAAACAAUGUGGGAAAGCCUUCAGCCGUAUUGGAGACCUUAAAACACAUCAGUCAAUUCAUGCAGGGGAGAAACCCUUUGAAUGUAAGGAAUGUGGAAAAACCUUUAGACUUAAUUCUCAACUGAUUUAUCAUCAGACAAUUCAUACAGGUUUGAAACCUUAUAUAUGUAAGGAAUGUAAGAAGGCUUUUCGUUCUAUCUCAGGUCUUUCUCAACAUAAGAGAAUUCAUACCGGUGAAAAACCCUAUGAAUGUAAAGAAUGUGGUAAGGCCUUUAAUCGCAGCGGUCGACUUACUCAACAUCAGAGAAUUCAUACUGGUGUGAAACCACACAAAUGUAAGGAAUGUGGAAAGACCUUUACUCGUUGCUAUCAACUUACUCAACAUCAAAGAUUUCAUAGUGGUGAGAAACUCCUGAGGUAAUGAGAGUCAGAAAGCAUUUAACUUUGGCACCUUUACUGUUACCACUAUUCUACCACCUAGUGAUGUUAUGGUAAAGAUUAAAUUACUUAACAUAAAAUUUAAAUGCUUAGGGGUCAUCUGGCACAUGGUAUUUGCUUACUAAGUAUUGUGGCUUUUUAAAUGAUAAUCACUAUUAUUACUAUACAUAAAUUCAUGUGGAAGAAAGACCCUAUAAGCAUAUUUUUAAAAUGUAUCACGGCUCAUCCAUAUUUUCUUCAGAUAAUUAAUUCUGGACAAAAAUCCCAUUUUUAUUCAAAGAUCAAGCCCCUGAGGAUGAAUAAUAAUAAGAAACCCUGUGCCUUUAGAAUAUUGAGAGUUCAUCUGUUGAAAAAUUGGAGUAGUUUGAAGAAACUUUCUUACAGUAAAUUCUGCAAUACAGAUAAUAUACAUUCCACAUGCCCUACAAUUGAAAUAAAUUAAAAACUAACAAUCUGGUAGCUCAAGACUAGGUUGAGUUUUUUGAGUGAGUUUUUGAAAGUUUUCAAAUUUACAUAAAAAGUACAACAGUGUUACAAUGAAGUUUGUUUUUCCUCCACCUAGAUUCAGUAUAUCUGGUAUUUCUCUCUCGUAAAUAUGAAUAUGUAUAUAUACAGAUGUGUAUGUAUAUAUAUAUAUGUAUAUAUAUAUAUAUAAUUCUUAUUAAUGUUGAAUAUAUUUUCCAUAUAUCAUUUUGCUGUAUUUUUCAGUGACUGUUUUAGAUAUCACUUCACCUCUAAAAAGUCAACAUACGACUCUUAGAAUUAAGGAUAAUCUUCUAGAUGACCAUUAAACUACAGUUACCUAAAAAAACACUAAUAAUAACCCUAUAUUGUUUUCAGCCUAUUUACAAAUUUCUCUAAUUGGUUAAAGAAUAUCUUCUAAAAGUACUAGCUUUUUUAAAGUCCAAAAACCAAACUAAGCCAAUUUGUUUUACAUGACUAUGGUUUAUUGGGUCUAACAAAAAUUGGUCAACAAUUUAUCCUCUACCUCCUUACAUUUUUUGAAGCCUCAGAAGCAACCUAUAUAAUAUUGUAAUUCCAUAUUUGUCCUGCUUUUUCUCAAGAUGGGCUUGACUUCUUCCUCUAUCCUUUGUGUCUAUUGUGAACUGAAGUUUAUGUCUAGAGGCUUGAUUUUCAGAUUAAAUAUUUUUAUGACUAUUUCAUAGAUAUGGUAUAUUUAAUAUAAAAUAUCAGGUGGCAUACAAGUGAAACUAUGUUUGAUCUCUUGAUUCACGUAUUGACUACCAAUAUUUUAUAUUAUUUUAUAUUUACCCAUAUAUUUGCCCUUUCCCGUGCUCUUCCUGAUUUCCCAAUCCCUAAUUUUCUGAAUUUCCAUCUGGUAUCAUUUUCUUUUAGCUUGAAGAACUUAAUAUAGCAUUUCUUGGAGUGUACAUCUGCUGGAGGUGAAUUUUCAGUUUCUUUUACCCUUUAUUCUUGAAAGAUUGUUUUUCUUGCUAUAGAAUUCUGGGGUUUGUGUGUAUUUUUUAAAAGAUAGACAAUGACUUCUGUCCUCCAUAGGUUAUGAUGAGAAGUCAUUUGAAUUACUUUCCCUCUGUAUGUGUCAUUUCUCUCUGCAUGCUUUCAAGAUUUUUCAUUACCUGUGGUUUUCAUCAAUUUGAGUAUGCUGGUUUAAAUGUGGUUUUAUGUUACUCCUGUUUUGGGUUCUCUGAGCCUCUGAAAUCUAUACACUUACGCAUUUCCCCAAAUUUCAGAAACUUUUGUCCAUAUUCAGAUAUUUAUUUCCUGUCCAUGCUUCUCCUUCUGGGAUUCUAAAUACUUAUGUUAAAUCUUUGAUAUUGUCCCACAAGUCACUGGCUCUGUUAUCUCUCACCUUUUUUUUUCUCUCUCUUUUUUUAAAGACUUUAUUUAUUUGACAGAGAUAUCACA